GGGGCUUUGCGAGUGGACUGCAUUUCCCAGAGUUCCUCGUACUGGCGGCCGUAAAGCGCGGCGGUCGAACGGCCGGUUCCGGCUGAAUGUCAGUGCGGGGCUGCGGGCCGGGGAGGGAGGUGGUUGGCGGUCCCUUUACCACCUCCGCCGCUGCCUCCUCCGCUUGAGCUGCCGCCGCGGGCGCCAGGCCGCUCGGCUGCUGGGGCAUGAGACCGUGAGGAGAGCGACGGGCCGGGGCCGCCGACAUGUUUGGCCGCUCGCGGAGCUGGGUGGGCGGGGGCCAUGGCAAGUCCUCCCGCAACAUCCAUUCCUUGGACCACCUCAAGUGCAUCAGGAAACAGUGACCUAGGAGUAGAUCUCAACAAAAGAUGUGCAGGACCUUGCCCAGCAAACGGUGGAGGAAAUGCUGUAAAUAUCAUAUUACUACACUGUUGUAUCUGUACCACGUUUUGACCAAAAACACCACAGUCACAGAACAGAACCGGAACCUGCUGGUGGAGACCAUCCGUUCGAUCACCGAGAUCCUGAUCUGGGGAGACCAGAAUGACAGCUCUGUAUUUGACUUCUUCCUGGAGAAGAACAUGUUCGUUUUCUUCUUGAACAUCCUGCGGCAGAAGUCGGGCCGCUACGUGUGCGUCCAGUUGCUGCAGACCCUGAACAUUCUCUUCGAGAAUAUCAGUCACGAGACCUCACUGUAUUAUUUGCUCUCGAAUAACUACGUGAAUUCUAUCAUCGUCCAUAAGUUUGACUUUUCUGACGAGGAGAUUAUGGCGUAUUACAUAUCGUUCCUGAAAACACUCUCCUUGAAGCUCAACAACCACACCGUCCAUUUCUUCUACAAUGAGCACACCAAUGACUUUGCCCUGUACACGGAAGCCAUCAAGUUUUUCAACCACCCUGAAAGCAUGGUUAGAAUUGCUGUAAGAACCAUAACUUUGAAUGUCUACAAAGUGGAUAACCAGGCCAUGCUGCACUAUAUCAGAGAUAAAACUGCUGUCCCGUACUUCUCCAACCUGGUCUGGUUCAUCGGGAGCCACGUGAUCGAGCUUGAUAACUGUGUGCAGACUGACGAGGAGCACAGGAACCGGGGGAAGCUGAGUGACCUGGUGGCCGAGCACCUGGACCACCUGCACUAUCUCAACGACAUCCUCAUCAUCAACUGCGAGUUCCUCAAUGACGUGCUCACCGACCACCUGCUCAACAGGCUCUUCCUGCCCCUCUACGUGUACUCCCUGGAGAACCACGGCAAGGGAGGAGAGCGGCCGAAGAUCAGCCUGCCCGUGUCUCUCUAUCUCCUGUCGCAGGUCUUCCUAAUUAUACAUCACGCACCGCUGGUGAACUCCUUAGCUGAAGUCAUUCUGAACGGUGAUCUGUCUGAGAUGUACGCAAAGGCUGAGCAGGAUGUUCAGAGAAGCUCUGCCAAGCCCAGCAUUCGGUGCUUCGUUAAACCCCCUGAGACACUUGAACGGUCCCUUGAGAUGAACAAGCACAAGGGCAAGAGGCGGGUGCAAAAGAGACCCAAUUACAAAAACGUUGGGGAGGAGGAAGACGAGGAGAAAGGGCCCACCGAGGAUGCCCAGGAAGAUGCCGAGAAGGCUAAAGGCACAGAGGGUGGUCCCGCAGGCGUGAAGACGAGUGGGGAGAGUGAAGAGAUCGAAAUGGUGAUCAUGGAGCGCAGCAAGCUCUCGGAGCUGGCCGCCUGCAGCUCCGUGCAGGAGCAGAACACCACGGACGAGGAGAAGAGUGCCGCCGCCACGAGCUCCGAGAGCGUGCAGUGGAGCAGACCCUUCCUGGAUAUGGUGUACCAUGCCCUGGACAGCCCAGAUGACGACUACCAUGCCCUCUUCGUGCUCUGCCUCCUCUACGCCAUGUCUCACAAUAAAGGAAUGGAUCCUGAAAAAUUAGAGCGAAUCCAGCUUCCGGUGCCCAAUGUGGCUGAGAAGACCACCUACAACCAUCUGCUGGCCGAGAGACUCAUCAGGAUCAUGAACAACGCUGCCCAGCCAGAUGGGAAGAUCCGGCUGGCGACCCUGGAGCUGAGCUGCCUGCUCCUGAAGCAGCAAGUCCUGACCGCCUCUGGCUGCAUCCUCAAGGACGUGCAUCUGGCCUGCCUGGAGGGUGCGAGGGAAGAAAGUGUUCACCUGGUGCGACAUUUUUACAAGGGAGAAGAAAUUUUUCUGGACAUGUUUGAAGAUGAAUACAGGAGCAUGACAAUGAAGCCCAUGAAUGUGGAGUAUCUCAUGAUGGAUGCCUCCAUCCUGCUGCCCCCGACGGGCACGCCGCUGACGGGCAUUGACUUCGUGAAGCGCCUGCCGUGCGGCGACGUGGAGAAGACCCGGCGGGCUAAGUUCCCAGAAGCGGACUUUCUGGUUCAAAGGGCCAUCCGGGUGUUCUUCAUGCUGCGAUGCCUGUCGCUGCAGCUGCGCGGCGAGCCUGAGACCCAGCUGCCCCUGACUCGGGAGGAAGACCUGAUCAAAACCGACGACGUCCUGGAUCUGAACAACAGCGACUUGAUCGCGUGCACAGUGGUCACCAAGGAUGGCGGCAUGGCCCAGCGCUUCCUGGCUGUUGACAUUUACCAGAUGAGUUUGGUGGAGCCGGAUGUGUCCAGACUGGGCUGGGGAGUGGUCAAGUUCGCAGGUCUUCUGCAGGACAUGCAGGUGACGGGUGUGGAGGAUGACAGCCGCGCCCUCAACAUCACCGUGCACAAGCCCGCGUCCAGCCCGCACUCCAGGCCCUUCCCCAUCCUGCAGGCCACCUUCGUCUUCUCGGACCACAUCCGCUGCAUCAUCGCCAAGCAGCGUCUGGCCAAGGGCCGCAUCCAGGCACGGCGCAUGAAGAUGCAGAGGAUCGCUGCCCUCCUGGACCUCCCGAUCCAGCCAACAACCGAAGUCCUGGGCUUUGGACUCGGCUCCUCCAGCUCCACCCAACACCUGCCUUUCCGCUUCUAUGACCAGGGCCGCCGGGGCAGCAGCGACCCCACGGUUCAGCGCUCAGUGUUCGCGUCCGUGGACAAGGUGCCAGGCUUCGCCGUGGCUCAGUGCAUAAACCAGCACAGCUCGCCCUCCCUGUCCUCGCCAUCGCCGCCCUCCGCCAGCGGGAGCCCCAGCGGCAGCACCGGCCACUGUGACUCAGGAGGCGCCAGCUCAUCGUCCACACCCUCCGCCACCCAGAGUCCUGCAGGAGUGGCAGGAAAGGACGCCGGCGAGUGUUCAGCCUGUCGGAGGCCGACAGUCACGGCGGCCACUGGGUUUAGUGCUUCGAACGGCAGCUGCCACGGCAACCCACGCGCAGUCACUUCAGAUGCCCCCACAAGUCCGGAACAGCCUCAGCCUCACCUUCCUGACCAGCUGGUGAUCGUCAACGAAAUAGCAGACUCCAAGCCCAGCAAGAGCUCGGCCAGGGGCGCGGAGGUGGAGACGGCCCACCUGUCCCCCAGCCUCCUCCCUGCCCAGCAGCCCACCAUCUCCCUGCUCUCCGAGGACGCGGCCGACUCGCUGAGCGUGGAGUCGCUGACGCUCGUCCCGCCCGUCGACCCUCACAGCCUCCACACCCUGGCUGGCAUCCCCGGACCUCCCGUGCCGGCUGCAGGGUGCACGGCGACCCCGGACGAGGAGGCCGCGUGUGCCGAGCACUGAGUGGGUGCCGGGGCCUCCCGUGGUGCGUGUGGCCCCACUGGAAGGCACCGCAGGGCAGGCGACUAGCAAGACACCCACAGUUCCGCACGGCCGUCGCCAUCUCCGCCCCUCUCCCUGCGCCCCUCGCAUAUGAAGACUGCUCCGUUGGGAUUUUCCGCUGCGAGGGCAGCCCCCGGGGGCAGGACCCACCGGCACCCCCCCUCCCUCCCACCAGCUCAGCGUGCGCGGGGGAGCCUGCGUAGAAGUUGGUAGAAACGCGGACUUAGAUAAACAUCUCCUCUGGCUAUUUAUUUCUGCCUUUGGCAACAGAUGAGACACAUUUAUUUAAAAAGCACCUCCGUGGAAAAAAUGUCCACAAACAGUCCUCAGCGCCACGGUUUGAUGCCGUGUUGAAAGCGUAGUAAUACUGCUAAGAUUUCGUUUUCAUUUUCCCUUCAACUUCCAAUUUUUUCUUUUUUUGAGUUCUCAGCGUAGCCGCCUGCGUUUUUGAAAGUGGUUCUUACUUCUCUGUUAGCCCCUAACUCUGCAAGCCUGUGGAACGAUUCAGAACUUUCCUGCGAAGGUCAGAUUAUUUUUUAAACAAAAAGAAGGGAGAUACACGCAUUCUCAGGUACACCCAGGACCGGGAGGCCAGUCUCCGCCAACGCCGCCAGGAGGCCACGCGUGACCUGGACGAGAGCUUUCUGUGAGACGGGAGGCCCCAGCCCCUCUGUCCACGGAGGCCAAGCAGGAGCCGGGUUUGCAGCGCCCGUGGCGACACGGAACGUCCCGCCCCGGCUCCCAGGGCAAGGCCACGUUGCAAAAGUGAAAACCCCCGUGGCGAGGCCGCCCUCCAAGCAGUGACUGGGUGUGGCCAGGGGGCGGGGCGGGACCUUGCCCGGCUUUCCGUCGGAGGUGUCCACGGGGGCGUCCACCCACGCCCCGGCUGUGGGGCCGCCUCGGGAUGGUCUGAGAUGGCGCCGGCCACCUGUUCGGGGAACGCUGCCCUCAGCCCUCUGCCACGCCGGCAGCACUGGCGGCCUCCGCUGAGGCGGGACCCGGCUACGGGGGGGAAGCGGCGUUCCCUGCAGGCAUCAGAAGCCCCCAGCGGCUUGUCCACCCAGCUCCCCCGGCCAGGGGACCUGAGCGGGAGCAGAGAGGAGACCGUGGAGGCCGAAGGGCCAGCGAGGGGUGCAAGGAAGCUGCAGCACAGAGCGGGGCUGGUCGGGGGAGGGGCUGCCUCCUCCAGGGGGCCAGCUUGACCUUGUAGACAUGGCUGAGUGGACGUGGGAGCAGGCUAGCCCAGGGCCACGCACAGCUGGCUCUGAAACGCCUGUCUGUGCAGCAGGAAUGGCAGUGGGCCCGGGGCCCCCCUGCCCAGCCGCACUGCUGUAAAAGAACAGCCUGGAGCCCCCGCAGCCACGCCCGGGACCCCCGCCUGCCUUGUAAACCCAGUGGUUCCAGCGGCCUCAUAGAACGGCAUCAGGCGGGGGUGACGGCGUCUCUGCCCACUGCCGCUGGCCGACGACAGGGUGGGCCUGCUGGCCCGAUCCCAGGCCGGCUUCAGCCGCGGCUGGCGGCUCCCCUCAGCAGCUGUGGGGUGGGCCCCCGGCACUGGAGGGGAGCAGACAGAGCGCGCAUCCUUGUCCUGGGAGGUCUGGGAGUCUAGGGGAGGCAGCCAGCCCUGAGGAUCUGAGGAAGGACCCUGCCUCGCCCCGGGCUUGGCUGGCUUGGUGGCAGUGGCCACAGCUGCGUCUUCAGGAAGGCCAUGACCGGAACAGCUGGCACGCUCCAGGCAGCCCUGGCGGGCGGAACACACCGGCUGUCUGGCACAAGGUGGCAGGAGCCGGAGCCAGGACUGUGUGGAAGAGGCAGCCGGGGCCAGGGCCCCCCCAGUCCCCAGCUGGGCCGGGCCGGUUUGCUGAGAUGCAGCCAAGGUGGCCCUGUGACUCUGCACCUGGGCUUUGAGAGUUGCCAUGGAGACUUGGCAGCCGGGACUCCUCUCCCAGCAGGUCAGAGGGCAAGGGGAGGGGCUCCUGUGGACCUGUAAGGAGCCAGCUGCAAAGCCAGGCUGGGGCUGGGGGGCCGUCUUCCUGGGAGCAGGGGCUGCCCCCACCCCCCAGUACCUGCCCAGCCCGAGGCCGCCUCCGGCCAUCUCUGGGGUCAACAAGCCAUCCAGGGGUGAGCCAAGGACGCCUCUGAAACGCGCACCGCAUUUCUCCAAGGUCUCUGAGACAGAGGCACGGGUGAGCUGACCCUGACCCUCUUCUAGACGCAAUAAGUGUGAGACAUUUGAUGUAGUCAUGCUGACGUCAGGCAUAAAUUAUUAGAAUUCCUUGUGUUUCCUUGAACAGAGAGUAUGUAAAUAACUUGUCCCGGGAAGCAGCAGGGGCCAGGAAGUCUUGGUGCUCCUUCCCCUCGGGGUUCUCGGGAAGUACCUGCCCUGGCCAGCGUGAGUCACGCUUCGUGGGUACUGAACACGAGGGUGGAAACGAAAACUGGAACUUCCUUGUAAAUUUGAUCUUGGCAAUAAAAAAGAAAAAGGCUACUGAGAA